AUGGCAUAUACUUGUGUUGCCAGUGGAUCGUUUCAUCAAGGGGAUUCGAGGUUUACUUACAGCAGAAACGCCCAAUGUGUGGCAAACUCAGCCUGUGCCAUCGCUUGGAAGUCUCUGGGGAAAGAAUUCUCUACUUUUGCCAUUGAUUCCAUACUCUUAAGUGGUGAUGCAUUGUAUAGGUCAUUACGUAAUGAGGGUUGUGUUGGUGGCAAUAGGUUUUUGUUCCCUGAUGAAAUUCCACACGAGUUUACGGUUGCUGGAAAUGAAGUUCGUGUUGAUAUUUCUUAUGUAUAUGAUGCUUUGUACCCAGUAACUCGUGAUUUAUUAGAUGAUAGCAUCGCAGAGCUCGCCUGUGAGUUAGAGCUAUUGUUUGUAGGAGCUACUGUGAAUGUCGGGUUUUUAUUUACUGGGUUGAACGUGACUGUUGGCUUUUGGCACAGCCAAGAUAAAUACUUUUUGUUUGAUCCACAUGCAGUAAAUGAACAUCGUCAGCAUGACAUCAGUAUCAGGGGCAACAACUUGGCUCGACUGUUUGCGUGUGAUAGCUACAUAUCUUUAGCGUCCCUACUGCUAUGUAACGUAGUGUAUGAAGCCAAUGCACAUCAAUAUUCGAUAACACAAUUGAAAUUCGAUAGCCAUGUCGCAUCCGCUUCGCUUGACUUUGUGUUCAACCCUGUUAUCACACCACUCCCCAGUUUGAAUUUUACUCCUACCCCACAUUGUCCUAGCCCUGAAUUUCUAAUUCUUAACGAUUCUAUCAACGAAUCACUUUCACAGUGCCCCAGUCCUGAUUUCCUCCAAGAUCCAAAAUUGAAUACCCUAUAUCCAGUUGUAGUGAUUUCUCCUUUGAGAAAGUUUAAAUCCCUCCCCAAUCUCGAAACUCCCCGAAAAGGACCCGGAAGGCCAAAAAAAUUGAAACGUGGGCGUCCUAAAGUUUUAAACACGACUAAGGACGAACAAAUUGCUGCCGCAAAGAAGAAAUAUACGGAUAAUCACCCGGACAAAAAUGUAGACGAUGCUCGCCGUCACCGAGAAACCCACCCUGAUUCUCAUAGGGAGGCUGUCCGUAUAUACAGCCAAUCUCAUCCAGAAGUGAAUAGGGAGGCUGUAGGGCGCUACAGCCAAUCUCAUCCAGAAGUGAAUAGGGAGGCUGUAGGGCGCUACAGCCAAACUCAUCCUGAAGUGAAUAGGGAGGCUGUAGGGCGCUACAGCCAAACUCAUCCCGAGGUAAAUAGGGAAGCUGUUGGAAGAUACAGUCAAAAGAAUCCAGACGCCUCUCGGCAAAGGGUAGCCAUUUUCCGUCUGAAAAAUCCUAUGCUUUCUGAGCUUCGUCAUUUGCCAGCAGCACUUGCUAGACAUAUUUUUCAUCACGGUCCAAUGGGUUCUUGGGAGGGGGAGUUGCUGAACAAUAUUCCUGCUUUUAAUCUCAACAAAAUUAGCCUUUGGGAUGAUAGUAUUUUCAAGUGUUCUUACUGUGGUGCUCGACUAUUUGAAGAGGAAAAGGGUAGAAAGAAGUGGUGUUGUGGUCAAGGGGCAAACAACGUUCUUAAUCUACAGCCUCUUCAGGAAUCGUUCUACUCAGAUCGCCGUUUUCUCGAUAGGGCUCGUGCUUACAACGACAUGUUUGCGUUUUGUGCAUUAGAACUAUCUGGUGGGUACAGGCAUCCAAGUGGUCUUUCAUUUUUCAAAAUUGAAGGGAGAAUGUACCACCAGGUUUACAAUCUGUCCGACUCUGGUCAAAAGUUUACUACUAAGGCUGGGGACGUUCAGUUUGUAAAUCGUUCUCGCAUGUACAUCGAUGACGGUGAAGAACGUCGGAAUAUUGCCUUGGGUAGAUCUCUCGACGGUGGCAUAAUUGACUUAAUUACGCGAUUUUUGUCACAGGAAAAUCCGUACAUUGUUCACUAUCGGCGUUUAGGUAGUGAACCUGCAGUCAACGCUCACUUGGACUUCCAAGUAACAAGUAGAGCUACCCAUGGCCCUAUUCUAGGCGACAGGCAAACAGGUGUUGAGGUACACGCUGUUCUAAGCACUGAGGAAACUGUUUACGAGCCCCGUAAGCUUACGAUUUGGAAAGUUGGCUCUGGUAGGCCCAGUUCCAUAAAUCUGUUCAGUCCCCUUAUGGAGCCAUUUCAAUAUCCUCUGCUCUAUCCCCAUGGCACUUUAGGCUGGCACAUAGGACGCUUGGACAACUUUAAUAAGAAAUUGUCGCAAUAUGAUUAUUCGCGUUGCCUCCUACUAUCCGAUCCUCGGUUUUCGCAUCUCGGCCGACUGUCUCAAGCUUGGCAGGUCGAGAUGUAUGCAAGAUACGAGGAAGAAAGGCUUAACUAUAUAAAGUUUACGCAGACUAAAUCAGUUGAAAAUGCCAUGCGGAUAGGACCGUUGGAUGAAGUUGAGACGGUUACUCGAGGUGGACAUCAAGCAGGACGUCAGGUUUUGAACGACAUUGCUAAUGAUGAAACUGUUCAGGGGGAGGGUGGGAUACAAGCUGGCAAAGUUUACCUCCCAAGUUCGUUCACAGGGGGGCCGAGGUAUAUGAAAUUGCGUUACGAGAAUGCUAUGGCCUUAGUUUCUCGUCUCGGCUUUCCUACGUUUUUCCUUACAUUUACCUACAGUGCGACUUGGGAGGAAAACAAAAGGGCUUGUCCUCGAGGCAGUGGUCGUAGUGAUCCCAGUACAGCCUGCAGGGUCUUUUACAUUAAGCUCCUGGAACUUCUUCGGGAUCUACGUAGCGGAGCUAUGUUCGGUCGUUCUGUGUACAUAGUCCACGUUAUCGAAAUGCAGAUGCGGGGCCUUCCACAUGCCCACAUCGUGUUCAAAAUCGAAGGCGAUGGACCUGUUCAGGCAGCAGACAUAGACUCCAUCAUUCGAGCUGAUAUCCCGUCGAAGGAAGAGGCAGGUGGCAGAUUAAGGGCGUUGGUUCUGAGACAUAUGGUUCAUGGUCCUUGUGGCACGGAUCACAGAACCGACUUCCCUUGCUGGGACUCUGACAAAGGUAGCUGUACGAAAUUCUUCCCUAAGCCUCCCUGUGAAACAACCCACGUAGAUGAAAGAGGGUUUGUACAAUAUCGGCGUGAUUACAAUAAUGAAGGGAGUAUAACGUCAAGGAACAGAUCGAUUCCUGUGCAUGACGGCUGGGUUGUACCGUAUAACUCAGCAUUGCUUCUAAAAUAUGAGGCACACAUCAACUUAGAGGUAGCUUCCACUCGACGAGUGAUUAAGUAUCUAUUUAAAUAUCUAAUGAAGGGUGGCUCGCUUCAGAACGUCAAAGUUACUCCUUUGAGUAAACAAGACGAUGAAGUCGAGCACUAUGUGACUAAGCGUAUGGUGGGAGCCAGUGAUGCAUGCUGGCGUCUCUUGGAUUUCCCAAUAUCAAAGUCUGAGCCCACCGUUGAAUGUCUCCCUGUUCAUCUAGAGGGAAAACAGAAUGUGUGUUUUCGACCUAACAACUUGACACACGCCACUUCUGGAGCUACCUCUGACUUGAUCUUUUAUUUCAAUAGGCCUCGUGACCCAAUGUUUGACAAUUUGACGUACCAGUGUUUUUUUGAACAAUACAUUGUUCACAGCAAACGUCCAAGUAGUGCUGAGGUUUACGAACAUCCAGACGGUAAGCACUUCUUAACUUCCAGAAAACGUGGCCAAAAGAUCUGUCGACUCUUCUGGGUUUCACCAAACAGGAGUGAGCAAUAUUUUCUUCGGCUGUUGCUCAUGAUAAUACCAUGCCGUGGUUACGCCGAUCUGCUCGCUCGAGGUGGUGAUGGUUGCACUACAUUCCAACAAGUAGCACGCACCCUCGGUUUGGUUGAAGAUGAGGACGAGUACCACCAGGCACUGAAGGAAGCUGCUCGAUUUAUGGUCGGCCCGAGGCUCCGCUCUUUCUUUGUUCUACUUUGUAACAUGGGAGCUCCCGCGGCCCUCUUGUGGGAUGCUUUCCGGGAUACAUUGUGUGAGGACCAUUUGGAGCGGAAUCCUCUUGAUCACGACGUUGCUUUCAAGCUGGGUCUGAUUGAAAUCGAUCGAAGUCUUCGCCGUCAGGGAUCCUGCUUGGCCGACCACGGUCUGCCCAUUGUAGAUGACGACACGACCGAAUUGGGUAGGGAACUACUCAUCUACGGUGAGAAUCAACAGAGAUCACUGGUAGAUGAGUGGGAACCAAAGCUUUCCAACGACCAGAGAGUGGUGUUUGAUUAUGUAAGAUCGAUAUUACAUGGCCAGGUUGGUAGUCGGUCCAUAAAACUUAUCUUCCUCGACGGACCUGGUGGCUACGGCAAGACCUUCUUAAUUCAUGUGAUCCUCGCAUACGUUCGUAGUCUUAACAGGGUUGCUAUUGCUGUCGCUAGCUCCGGCAUUGCUGCUGGUAGUCUGCCUGGUGGCACGACAGCACACAGUAUGUUUAGGCUGCCACUUGAUCUCGGCGAUGGCACUGGGUAUUGGAACUUGACCAACGGAUCUCAGCGUGCAGAACUCAUCAGAGCAGCCCAGCUCAUAGUUUUUGAUGAGGCCCCGAUGGCUCACCGGUACAUUUUUGAAAUCAUCGACAGAUCUCUGCGUGACCUCAUGAAUUCACCUGAGCCAUUUGGGAACAAGAUCUUCCUCUGCUGCGGAGAUUUCCGUCAGAUCGCACCAGUUGUAGCUAAAGCUCGUACUCCAGCAGACAUUGCUUGUGUGUCACUGUGUGCGUCAUCUCUGUGGUCAAGCUUCAAAAUCUUUUCCCUGUCCACCCCUCACAGAACUUCUGGCUCCACUGCGUACUCCGAGUUUCUCCUAAAAGUAGGCAAUGGAACAAUUAGAUCUGUAGAUUUUGAAGAAGGCCGUGGCUGCUCAAGUCUGAUUCCUUUGAGCGGUAUUAGAUAUGUGACAUCACUUCACGAUUUAGUUGACUUUGUAUUCCCCGUUUGUGACCUGAGCCAUACAGAUAGAAUCGCAGGCCGGGCUAUUCUUUCAACCAUGAACACCAAUGUCCAGCAGAUCAACAACGCCGUUCUUAAUCUGACUGACGGCUUCGUUCAUGAGUUGAGAAGUGCUGAUUCCGUGGACAAGGAGCACGACGACGGUAUGGAUGUGGACGUUCACUUGUUGAACCAGGCUACUGGCAAGGGCGUGCCAGACCAUGUCCUGCGACUCAAGAUUGGCUCCGUGUGUCUCGUCAUGAGGAACCUGAACAUUGACAGCGGACUCGUAAACGGCACCAAAGUGAUCGUGACCGCUAUUAGACCUCGUCUGAUCACGGUGCGACUUCCUGGACAACGCGAUUCGAUUUGUAUUCCCCGGAUUCAAUUCGUUUUCCCGUUUGUCGAGGGGUCUCCGCUUCGCGUCCGCCGUCUCCAGUUUCCUCUCAUGCUGGCCUAUUCCAUGACUGGCCACAAAAGCCAGGGCCAGACGAUUGAUCGUGUCGGAGUCGAUCUUCGCAGUGACUGUUUCACGCAUGGUCAACUGUACGUCCUUCUCAGUAGAGUCAGACAUCCUGACGACAUCGUUGUUCUGGUCCAUCCUGACAGGGUCCACGAAGGAGUUGCCUAUGCAAAGAACAUUGUAUACGACGAGCUCCUUCGUUAA